UUCAUAUUAUGAAUUCUACUCAAGUAUCAAAUUCGGAGUGUUCUCUUCUUAAAUUUUCGUUUUAAAAAUAGUCAAAAUAUUGGUAUAUUUUUUUUGAAAUUUUGUUAUAAAAAAGUUAUGGAGAGAAAACAACGUAAAGAUUUUGGGCGUGGCAGAAAGAAAUGCACCAAGUCGCUCACGGAUCUGUUAUGUAGUGUGGGCGUUAAGGAUACUCAGGACUGGUUAGAUUAUGUUGACAAAAUCAUUGAAAAUAAAGCUGUAGUCCCCAAAUCGACAAACGAAUCUAAAAAUGUGGAAAUAAAUAAUCCUGGAAAUAAUGAAAAUAAAAAUUCUGGUAAACCCAUCUUGCUUCCUCCUCUUCCUUUAAUGGAUAAGCAGAGCAGAAAGAUGAAGAAGAUGAAGCUGGAAAUUAAAAAAUUGUUUGAGCCAGAGCUGCAAAGGGAAGAGCUACCCGAAAAGGAAAACAAGAUCUGCCAAGCUUUGGGUAAUUUCUUCUUGAUACUUUUUGAUCAGGGACCCAUUGAGCAAAUCAGUAGCCUUGUCUUCACCAUAUACACGAUGAUGAAGUGGGUGAUCUUGAGGUUAGAGGACAAGCCGAGCAUUGAACAUGAGCCCCAGGAUAAGGCAACUGCUUGCUUAGUCGAGAGAAUGGCCCCAUUCUGUUCCAAUCGGCAUCGAUCAUCCAUCAAAGAACGUACUUUAAAGGGUCGAGCUGGAUAAAGUUAUAAUCACUCCGCCACUCAUUAUAAAGUGUAUUGCUUAUCUCGCAAAAUAGCUACUAGCAAAACAAAAAAUUCAAGAAAUUCUAAGCAAAUUAUUUUGAUCCCUAGCAUAGCUACACUUUAAGCUUUAAUAUAGAAAGAUUCCUCUUUUCGGCAACAUACAAGUUUAUAGAUUUAUUUGUAAUGUAAUAACAUAUAAGAAAAUAUUGAUUUUAUAAUAAAAUUUAAAGGAAAUAACCUCA